AUGGAAAUUUUACAUUUGAAAAAGAAGGUACUUUUACAAUUUAUUUUCAGAAUAAUUAUUUAUGAGGAAUUAUUUGAGACAACGUAUCAAUUUUUAGGAGAAAUAUUAAUGUGGUAUGGCAUAUUGGAUAUAAUUCCGGAUGAAAAUGAUGAAAAUCAAAAAAUAUUAAAUUUAUGUGAUAAAGCUACUUUCUUUCGAAGCGAUAAUAAAGCCGAGUAUGUAAAAUUUUGUAAGCAAAUUUUAAAUAAUUCGUUACAACCUAAAGAUUCUAAUUAUGAUGAUUUUAAAGAUGAUUGUAAUAAAUUAUACAUCUGGUUAUAUUUUAAAAUGAAGAAAUUUGUGAUCUCUGAUGAUAUUAUCAAUAAGAUAUUUGAAUUACCUAAAUUGAUAGAAAAUGAAGAGAAUAAAAAUAAUUAUUGUCCUUAUUUUACAUUUAAUGAUAAAAAACAUAAUCCAGAAAAUUUAAUGAAAUUACGUAUAUUUAAUGAUAAUGCUGCUACCUUUCAACGUAUGUUGAAGGAUAAUACUAUGUCAAAUGAUUGUAAUUUAAAAACCUAUAUCUAUGAAUGUAUUGGGAUAUAUAGAUAUAUGAAUAUGGAGUACUGCUCUGUAAGUGAUGGUACGACAGAAGAAAAUCGAAAUUCAUGUGAAAUAAUAAAUGAGUUUAAUGGCCGAUAUAAGUCAUAUAUUCAUAAUAAUGAAGAAAUAGCUCAUGAAUUUCCAGAAUUGUCUUCUCAUACUUCUUUGUAUGUUAUUGAUGAUUGUCCAGUAGAAGGAAGCUAUUCUGAUUCAUUUUUCGAUGAAACAGAAAUAGGUACUUCUAGAACAGCGGGUGUAUCCUCAGACCUUGGUGCAACAGAUGAAAUAUCGUCAUUAAAUAUGGAGGGAGGUAGAAAUACAGAUUUGUCAUCUCUCGAAGCAGCAAAUAAUUAUUCAAGAGAUAAUAUUAUUUCUUCAACUAAAGUUAAAGAUAAAAAUCAAGGUAGUUCUAUGUCUCGUAUUGUAUCCACAACUCUUGGUACAGUGUUAGGGGCAUCAUCCAUAUUAGCUUUAUUAUAUAAGGUUACACAUAAUUUCAUAUAA